GCGUGUUGCGUCAUAGCGGCGCGCCGGAAGUGACUUAAGCAAUCGCCAAAGACUCCGGAAGUUGGCUCUGUCCGGGACUGUUGUUGUCUCUGACACCCGUCUUGCGAUGGGUUGCGACGGGGGAACAAUCCCCAAGAGGCACGAACUGGUGAAGGGGCCCAAGAAGGUUGAGAAGGUUGACAAAGAUGCUGAACUGGUGGCCCUAUGGAACUAUUGUGCUCUAAGUCAAGAAAUACUAAGGCGACCAAUAGUUGCCUGUGAACUUGGCAGACUUUAUAACAAAGAUGCUGUCAUUGAGUUUCUACUGGACAAAUCUUCCGAGAAAGCUCUUGCGAAGGCAGCGUCUCACAUUAAAAACAUUAAGAAUGUGACAGAACUAAGGCUUUCUGACAAUCCCGCCUGGGAAGGGGAUAAAGGAAACACAAAAGGAGACAAGCAUGAUGACCUCCAGCGCGCACGUUUCAUCUGCCCGGUCGUGGGCUUGGAGAUGAAUGGCCGACACAGGUUUUGCUUCCUGCGGUGCUGUGGCUGCGUGUUUUCUGAACGAGCCUUGAAGGAGAUAAGAGCAGAAGUCUGUCACACAUGUGGGGCCGCCUUUCAGGAGGAUGACGUCAUCGUGCUCAAUGGCACCAAGGAGGACGUGGACACACUCAGGAGCAGGAUGGAGGAGAGGAGGCUGAGAGCGAGGCUGGGGAAGAAAACAAAGAAGGCCAAGGCAGCAGAGUCUGUCUCACACCCGGCGGCCAGUGAAGAGUCCGCAGGGCCGUCCGGAAUGAACACGGGAAAGCCUGAGGCCUCCAGCCUUGACUCCCGGGAGAAGAAAGUCGGCCCGGUUCCCAGAAGCACAGCUAAUGGGAGCUCUUCUGGGAAAGCCGGGAAGCCUCCCUGCGGCGCCACGAAGAGGUCCAUCGCCCACAGCGAGGAGUCCGAGGCUUACAAGUCCCUCUUCACGACCCACAGCUCCGCCAAGCGCUCCAAGGAGGAGUCGGCCCACUGGGUCACCCACACGUCCUACUGCUUCUGAGCCCAGGCCGCGCCCCGCGCAGGCUCCGUCCGGCUCCUGGAGGCCGCGUGUGGGCGCUGGCUGUGCAGGGGGCCUGCACCGUGUCACCAAGGUGUCCCCCAGACCUUGGUGCUAGUGGCCACUCCUGCCUCUGAGGCACGGAGGUGACUCGCACCCAGUGGCCGCGCCACCCUCUCCCGGCUCAGUGCUCCGUCCUAGCCCCCAAGCCGUGCUGGCUGCACUUCCCAGGCUCGAAACCAUUAAAGAUUCCAGAUGCCUCGUG